GCCAGGCUGGCUUGUGUUCUGAGCCACCUGCAAGGCGAUGCAGUGGUGGAAGCAUCCUAAAUAUUGUCCCAGAGACCUCUGCCAAGCACUCUGUGGUAGGAGUGCAGCUGAUGGAGGCCAUGAAUGAGAAGGAUGAAUAGCAUCAAGCCUGGACAAAACUCUGAGGGCCACUCCGUGACAUUUUCUCCCCUUGAAACAAGGAAUCACUGAUAGCUACCCCUGGGGUGCGUGUGUGGGUGAGUGGCAAUGUCUCACUGGGCCGGUUUCCCCUGCGCUGUUGCCAGAGUCAGCCUGCUGCUCCUACUGCUUUCUGCAGUGUUUUUCUGGUCAAGCCUAAGCGACAGAAUUCCUGAAUUUGCCCUUACGAAAAUAGAAGAGAGCGACACGAGAGAUGGCAGCGGGAAAGAGCCAAUAGCAGAUGAUGGCGCUGAUCCCGAGGACCUGGAAGUGUUUUACCCGACGCGUCAGUGGCAGGCUGUCCGUCCAGGUCAAGCUGUUCCUGCGGGGUCACACGUUCGGUUAAAUCUGCAGACAGGAGAGAGAGAAGCCCGGCUUCCAGACAGUGAAAGUGGGAAAAGUGACACAAGAGAAGAGAGAAGGAGAAAAAGGCUGAACAAGAUGGAUAUUGACACAAAUUCUUUCACAUCCCAGGAGCUCAAAAAGGCAUUGGCUAAAAUGAAGGAAAGUGAGAAGGCAGAAAGAAUGGCCCACGAGGAAGAAGUAAGGAAGAAGUUCCGUCCCAUAGAGCAACUGAAGGAAGAGUUUGAAAAGCUCAAUGUGAAGAUGGAGACGGAUUAUGAAAUCAUGGAUAAACUGAUCAGCAAAUUUAACAGCUCUGCUUCCACGCUGGAUGAAAAAGUAGCGGCGCUUUAUGAUCUUGAAUAUUAUGUUCACCAGGUGGACAACGCGAAGGAUUUCCUGUCCAUGGGCGGACUGCGGCUGGUGAUCGAGGGCCUGAACAGCACAGAGGCUGUCCUGAAGGAGCACGCUGCCUUUGUGCUGGGAGCUGCACUCUCCAGCAACCCCAAAGUCCAGAUAGAAGCGAUUGAAGGAGGAGCGCUGCAGAAGCUGCUGGUCAUUGUGGCUGCGGAACAGCCACAGGCUGUCAAGAAGAAGGCACUCUUCGCUCUCUCCUCGCUGCUGAGGCACUUCCCCUAUGCCCAGCAGCAGUUCCUCAAGCUGGGCGGCCUCCAGGUGCUGCGUGGGCUCUUCAGACAGCCAGGGACCUCAGCCCUGUGUGUCCGUGCUGUGACGUUGCUCUAUGACCUCUUCGUGGAGAAGAUGCUGCUGGAGGACUCUCAGCACAGCGACCAAGCAGAGGAGAAGGUGCAGCAGUACCGGCGGGUGCAGCUGGUGCCGGCGGUGCUGGAACAGGACUGGUGUGUGGCAGUGCCAGGGCUGCUGGCUUUGCCAGAGCACGACGCACGUGAGAAGGUACUGAAGGCGGUGGCUGUGCUGAUGGCGUUCUGCAGGGAGCGCUUCCGCGGGGACACGGCCCUCAGUGCCACGCUGGGGCUGCUGCGCAGUGAGUAUGAGGAGCUGGCAGCUGCUGAGCGCAGGGACGGCGAUGGGGAUGGGUACUUCCAGGAGCUGCUGGGCUCUGUGAACAGCAUCUUGCAGGAGCUGGGCUGAGGCCGGAGCUCGGAUGGGUCAGGAUAACGGUGUGAUGUGUGGUGUCACCUGUGUAAGUGCACUUUGAAUAAAUGGCUGAGCUAAGGAAGUCUC